AAAGAGGGACACUAGCAGUCAACAUACAAAAUCAGACCUCAAUUGUAAUUUUUAAAACCCUAACCCUAGCUCCGAUAAACAGAAUGCAGAAACAGCCACCGCACACGGCGGAUUCCGGCAUCCCAAACCUCGCGAACAUCAAAAUCAAGUGUUCAUCACCACGUUUUCCACCACCGACCACUCCUUCCGCCACCGACACUCCUACCGCCGGUGCGCAGCGCAAAAUUGGAAUCGCCGUUGAUCUUAGUGACGAAUCUGCCUUCGCCGUCAAGUGGGCUGUCCACCACUACCUCCGUCCUGGUGACGCAGUUAUCCUUCUCCACGUCCGCCCUACCUCCGUACUCUACGGUGCUGAUUGGGGUUCUGUUGAUCUCUCCAUCGUCGAUACUGAUAACAUAGAGUCUCAGAAGAAGCUUGAAGAUGAUUUUGAUGCGUUCACUUCUGCUAAGUCUGCUGAUUUGGCUCAGCCACUUGUUGAGGCACAAAUUCCGUACAAAAUUCAUAUUGUGAAGGAUCAUGAUAUGAAGGAAAGGCUGUGUCUUGAGGUUGAGAGGCUAGGAUUGAGUGCAGUUAUCAUGGGUAGUCGAGGAUUCGGGGCUACCAAGAGAGGAAAUGAUGGGAGGCUUGGAAGUGUUAGUGAUUACUGUGUUAGGCAUUGUGUUUGCCCUGUUGUGGUUGUGAGGUAUCCUGAUGAGAAGGAUGGUGGAAAUGCUGCUCGUAAGCGCGGAGUUUCUGUGGCAUCUGCCUCAAAAGAACAUGAGGAGGAAGGCGAGUACCAUGAUGCCUGUGAUGAUCGUCAAGGAUCACAACCAGCCAUAGGAAAAGGCUCGAGAACUGACAAUUGACUUAGAGUUGCUUAAGAAGUCCUUUGAAGAGACAAUGAGCGGAAGAUUCCAGGCACUGAAGUUGGGUUAAGCAAUCCUUUUGAGCGACUUAUGUGAAAACCACUUGGUGUUUUGUUAUAUCUGGAGUCUCAUCUUCUGUAACUGAAUUGUGGUUGCUCCUCUCUGUCACUUUAGUUUAUCGUAGUUCGCUAGAUGAUGUUGUAUCUCUAAGGUUGUCGUCUUCAUAGAGUUUCACUUAAAGAUGUGCCUUUUUAUCAUUUGUAAUCUUUCCGGUACAAAUCUGAAAUCUACUUUAAGAUGUUAUUUCUUA